GUAGUUGCUCAUGCAGUUGGCACGCCAGCACUGAUUUGUGAUUUGUGACAGAUACAGGAACUAAUUUUCAUAAUAUCAAUUAACGAUAAAAUUGUUUCAUUGACUGUUAGUACUGUUAAAUUAAUUUGUGUAGAAGAAGAACCAUGUAUUUUGUUUAAGUCAAUGUGUUAAAACUGUGGAUUGUGAACUGGAGUGUAAUAAAGGAUUCUUUAUUGUUUGAAUGUGUUUUAUGAACCGCCGAAAUUGAGGACAAAGCAACAGGUGACGAAAGGAUGGCAGCAUCGCACAUCCUGAGCGCUGUGGAGCCGACGGUCGGCGGCGGCAGUUCGCGCAGCGGCCGCGAGAGAGAAGUCAACGUGGCCCUCGAUGACAGAGAACUAUGGGUGCGGUUCCAGACUCUCACCAACGAAAUGAUCGUCACUAAGAAUGGAAGACGAAUGUUCCCCGUAGUUAAAGUAACAGCUAGUGGCUUGGAUCCGACGGCGAUGUACACCGUGUUACUAGAAUUCGUGCAGGUCGACUCCCAUCGCUGGAAAUAUGUUAAUGGAGAAUGGGUACCUGGCGGCAAAGCGGAAGUGCCUCCAUCGAACGCAAUUUACAUACACCCCGAGAGCCCAAACUUUGGAGCACACUGGAUGAAAGAACCGAUAUCCUUCGCUAAAGUCAAACUUACGAAUAAAACUAAUGGAAACGGACAGAAAGCUCUCGCUGCAAGGUGUGACUGUGCUACAGUUUCGUGGCUACCGCUAUCGCCAGUUCGGAGAAGCGAGUUCUCACGGUUGUAUGUGAUAAUGUUAAAUAGUUUGCAUAAGUACGAGCCUCGAGUGCACCUUGUAAAAGUCGGUACCGAUCUCCGACGAAUAAUGACGUACCCAUUCCCGGAGACUCAGUUUAUAGCAGUCACAGCUUACCAGAAUGAAGAGGUGACUUCGUUAAAGAUAAAAUACAAUCCAUUUGCGAAAGCCUUCCUAGAUGCUAAAGAAAGACCCGAGGGUUAUUAUCAAAGAGAUUUUGUGGGCACGCAUUAUCCUCAACAAAGUUCUUCGCCACAUCAGUAUCCUCAAUUCGGUGGAUGGUUUGUGACUUCCCAGUCAUUGUAUGGGAGCAGUAACGCAGCGUCAAGAAGACCGGCGCCCUAUCCCCCGCGACCACCCCUCAUACAGCAAUUCGGAACGAACGACAACUGCGACGAAUGGCACCGGCAGUUACACUUGGGUCAGCAGCAGUGGCUACUGGAACUCCACACAAGGCAGCAGUUCUCCACAGCCAAAUACUUCCCCAGCUCCAUACCGUACCCCUCCCAUGCAUACCCAGCGCCUUUGGAGUAUGCCCCUGCACCCCCUACUAGCACAUCAGCGCCAUCAUCAGCUCCCGCACCGCUCUACCCUCUUCAAUACGAAACUCCAGCGCAGCAUCAUUCCCCGUAUUACCAACAUGCUUACGCACCGUACGCGCAUCAUGCGAUCGAAGAUAUUUCUUAUUGGCCAAACAGUUUGAACAGCUACGGCUAUCAGCCAUCUGAGUAUGUCGGGAGUGGAGAAGUGGCAUAUGGUGCUGAGGGCAUGCCUUUCGGGCCUGCUGGACCUUCUCUGGAAGCCGCCGCAGCCGGUGAAGGUCGUGCCACGCCCCCCGGACAGGAACACCCACAAAGCGAACGAGAAUACAAGUUUAGCGCCGAAGAAGAACGUCAGUCGCCGUGUGAUGAGGCCGCACUACCACCACGUUCACCAGCGCAGUGACCAUCAACCUAGUUCAUAAGAUAGUUGCAAAUAAUAAGGAUGAAUUGCAAAACCUUCUAAAAUAUAUUUUUGUAUUUUACGAUUUUUAAGGUUGAAAUUAGAG